UCGGUUUAUAAAUUUGUAUUCCGAUUUUUCAACUUGACAAGUUUAGCAAAACAAAAGAAGGACGUUUAGUCCCAGAAGGAGUGGUAUAUUUUACUUAGUUUAUGUGUUUCAGAGUAACCUUUUUCAAUUUUUAAAUCAGUAUGGCAAGUAACUCAAAUGUUGAGAAUUUGUCACCCCAAAUAAUAAGGCGUGUAGCCAAGGAGGUAACAGACUUGAUGGCAGACCCACCGGAAGGCAUCAAAGUUCUAGCGAGUGAAGAAGAUAUUACAGAUAUACAGGCUACAAUUGAAGGUCCAUCGGGUACACCAUACGCAGGUGGUCAGUUUAGAAUUAAACUCGUUCUUGGAAGAGAUUUCCCGCAAGCUCCACCAAAAGGUUUUUUCGUCACCAAAGUUUUCCAUCCCAACGUAGCAAGCAACGGGGAAAUAUGUGUCAACACAUUGAAAAAGGAUUGGAAAGCUGAUUUGGGAAUCAAACAGCUUUUAUUGACUGUGAAAUGCCUACUGAUCUAUCCAAAUCCUGAAUCAGCUCUAAAUGAAGAAGCAGGCAAACUAUUAUUAGAACAGUACGACGACUACUUCACACGUGCAAAGAUGAUGACUGAAAUACACGCCUUCCCACCAUCCAGAUCUUCAAAAGAAUACCGGACGAAGCAAGAAGGUAGUCAUUCAUCCAGCAUGGAGGGACCCCUAGCUAAGAAACACGCCAGCGACAAAAAGGUUGCGGAGAAGAAGAAACGAGAUAAAAAGAGGACACUGAAGCGGUUAUGACCAAGUUUGUCGGAGAGAUGUAUAUAAUUUGUAAAUGAUGUGCUUUUCUUCAUCAAGUGAAAAAAAGAGUAAAACUCAAAUCUGAUCUCAAAGAUCAAAAUAUUUCUCUAGCAAUUGAAUUAGAAUAAUGUAAUUUACUAUCGGAAGAGGCAUGUAAUUGCAGAUCACCAAGAGCGGAAUCCAUGUUUAUUAUAUUAAUUUCUUGGUUUAUGUAACAAGAGUUGUAACUGAUGUACAAUUAUUAACAAAAAUGAUAAGCGAGCCUCCACAUCUUGUAAUUAUUGAACAUGUAUGCAGAUCAUUUACAUGAUGGAUGAUUAGAUGCAGACUACAAAUGAUAAGAUGUUGGUCAUAGGUCAGAUUUUUUUUACUCCAUAUUGAUAUUCUGAUGGUUUGACUAUGGAGGAGGGUGGAAGUGGGUUUAUUGAAAAAAAAUGCCGACCUCUUGACCCUUCCCUCAUGUUUUAAAUACAGUAGUGUACUAUAGCAUAUAGCAGAUCAAUCUAUCGAUCAUUGGAUUUAUAAGGUGUCAUUCCAGUAUUUUUCCCGUGUAUUACAGUUGGAGUGACAGAUGACUAUAAACUUAGUUCUCAAUAAAACAUUUAAAUCACCUACUGUGGUUUCUACCUUAGGAUCCUGAUUAUGAACUUACCAUUGUGUUAAGCAGGGCAUUCACUGCGUCCUUACGACAGUUGUACAACCGUUGGCCGAUAAAUGAAACUCCGCUGCCUGUGAGCGCUAGACGACGUGACGUCGUUUGCUGAUUGUUAAUUAAAACAAUCCCCCUGCGCGCACAUGGCGUUUUGCGUUCUGCAUAGAAAUGCAUCGGCCGACAGCUGUCAGGCGCAGUGGGUCGGCUUUAGAAAUAUGUCAAUUCUUAUGCUCUGUUGACACUAUAAGUGUUAUGUGACAGGUUUAUGUGAUUUGCCAAAUAUGAGCAUGAUGAUGUCAUAUUACACCCAUAUAUGGGCAAAUCAAAUGUAUUUGACUUUAUAGAUUCGACGAAGCUUUACAAAAUGCUGCAAUGCUACAUAUUUGGGCAAAAUAAACUCAACUGAAGAUUUAGUUCAUUUUUUUCAGAAUUUCUAGAUCGUUUCAAAUCUGUGUUACGUAAAGUGUAAAGUUCAACUUAAUUGCGUGACCUCUUUAACACCCAGUUAAACAUUGUUAUGUCAAAAGUCAAGUUAUAAUACUUCCUUGUCUUGAAUGAGCCCUUGUGAUUGGUUGUUAAUCAGCCAACACCUUGUGUGAGUAGCUCAUAGGCCACACUUAGGUCAGGGGUCAAAACUUGUUUCCUCAAACAAGGUACUUAUCUAUGUUGGUGUAUGAUAAUAUUAAUGCCAUGAUUAGUUCUUGAAUAAUAAUACUGCAGGAAGUGUCUGAUUUCGUAAUCCAUGACCAUAUUCUCUGCACAAGAUAGAAUUGGUCCAAACCAUGACCAUAAAUUCAGACGACACUAAGAACUUGUCAGUCUGCUUGUGAAGAUGAUUCUAGGUCUUGUCAAUACGUUGCUCCCAACCCAAUGAUAGGUGCAUGUGCACAUAUCAUAAUUGUCAAUUAUUAUUACUGUACUGUACUAGUAUAUAUUAUUUUUUAUUAAUUUUGUUGGUAAAACUAAAAGAAGCACUGUAAUGAAUCAUAAAGGUGUGUUUUGCUGCCUAGAAACUCCAUGUAACCGAAAUGAUUACCUAUUGUAAUGUAUUCAAUCUUAUGUCAUUCAUAAACCUGUAUGUUUACAAUACACACCAUACCUCUGGAAUACUAUGCAUUGUUCUAAAAAUUAGGAAAAAGGAUGUAAAAUAAAAUAAUGACCCAAUGAUAUUUCAGACACCAUCUGACCUGAUUUCUAAUUUUUCUUGAAUAUAUCAAUGUUUUUACAAUACUGUAUUUACAAAAAACCAAAAUAUAAAACAUGCAUCCAAUUUUGCAUAAAUAACUGUAUUUCAACUUCCGUCGCCUUUCCUGGUUCUUAUGAAGUCGUUAUUUUCCAGGGUUGUAUCAUCAAUGUGAGUUUUGAUGAUGUACAUGAUCAAUCGACAUGUUUAUUGACUUUGGAUAGGGGCAUGCGCAGUUCAAACUACAAAUUGGCUACUGAAGCUAGGCAUACAAUGCAUUGUACUACAGUGGGCAAAAAAAAAAAUCUUUCCACUCCCUGAUAACGCUUAAUGACGCGACACCCUCUGCAGAUCACAGUGCGUGCGGUUGCCAUUACAGAAGAGCGAGUUUUGAAAAAUCCGUGCAUACGUGUGUUGCUUGUCGACCAUUGAUAGUGUGUCCAGCUUUAGAUUACCCUAAUCGAAAUUUCUACUAAAUAGAUACUGAAUGUAUUAAACUUUUAAACCAUAUUAAUUCCAUAUUUUGUGAUUUUCCUUUUUAAAUUUUUAGUGUGUUACCCCCUUUAUUCUUAUUCAUAAUGUCAUAUAGCCCAGUUGUUUUGAUUCUGUAGUUUGCAUGAUCAAAAAAUGACCUAUUGAAUUAUGAAUGAAAUUAUUUUAUUAAAAUCCAAAUGAAUUGUUCGUAUGUUUUGUAUACUGUAUGUACAUGAUGUUACACAAUAAACAUUGGUACAAAUAUUGA